UGAGGUCUGCAAAGUGCGUCACAGGGCUGAGCUGCAGAGAAGCAAGGCAACAGCUGCAGACCGCCAUAGAAACAAACUAGUUUAUAUUCAUAGAUCCACGCCGCUUCCGGUCCAGCAUGGUGAAGAUCGCCUUUAACUCGGCUCUGGCGCACAAAGCGCAGAGCAAAGACGCAGCAGCCGCGGAGAAGGAUCCAGAGGUGGCCUCUGCUCCAGCGGCCACAGAGGGAUCCACGGGCCGCUGUCUGCUCACCCUGCUCGGCAUCGCCUUCAUUCUGAGUGGGCUCAUCGUGGGGGGAGCGUGUCUUUACCGAUAUUUCACCCCUAAGAGGCUGUAUCAUGGUGCCAUGCAGUUUACUGACAUGUCCACCGUGGCAGAGAGCCAGCCGUACUACCUGCCACGGGUGGAGGAGGAGGUGGAGAUCUCGGACAGCAUGGCCGUCAUCAGCGUGCCUCCCCCGCGCUUUCGACCUGGAGACCCCGCCUACAUCCUCCAUGACUUCAACAGGAAGCUGACGGCGUACCUAGAUCUGACUCUCAGGACCUGCUUUGUGAUUCCUCUCAACACCUCGGUGGUCCUGCCCCCCCAGGACCUCAUUGACCUCUUCUCACAGCUGAUGUCUGACUCAUACCGCAGCUACCUGGUGCAUGAGGACCUUGUGGUCACCGAGCGCAUUGAGGAUGUCAAGCCACUAGGUUUCUAUAUUCGUCGACUGUGCGAUGGAAAGGAAACGUACAGAAUGCAGCGCCGAUCCAGCCUGCCAGGCGGAAACAUCCAGAAGCGUUCCCCCGAGGACUGCUUCACCAUCCACCACUUUGAGAACAAGUUUGUGACGGAGACCCGAAUCUGCAAGGCUUGAUGGGAAACAGGGUGAUGGCUGCAGAGGAACGGGGCGAGCCCCACUGAUGGAGGACCAGGAGGAACGAGGGACCACCUUCCACAGGAAGCUAUUUUUGUACAGAUCCUUUAGCCUCUCCUGCUUGUGUUCAGUGAAUUUAUGUUACAGAGUCACUGCUGCUGUGUUUGUAUUAACCUGCUUAGGUCAUAGCUCCAGUAUUCAGUGUUUCAUUAUUGAUGUAGAAACUCAGAGAAUCAUCUAUUCUGCUUAGAUCUAUUUUGUUGUGUUGCUUCCUGCAGACCAACCUAACUGCAGUUAUCCUAGUAGAUUGGAGGCAUUGGCCGUUCUCCUCAGCAUCCUACUCAUUCUGAGAAAGCAUCAGAUUAUGUCGUGUUUUAUGUCACCAUCAUCUGUAGAGCAGCUUAACCAGCAUGCUGCUAUUUUGGUGGGGGCACUGCAGCUUUAGCACGUCAAUCGCACGCUUGUGGUUUACAUUUCUGAACACUAUGACAUUUGCUGCUCCGGGGUUGGGGUGGGGGGCUAUCCUGCUGUUUUAUUUAGAGUAACUGUUGUUAAACUUCAGUAUCUUCAGUUUUUGUGUUUGUGUAGAAACAAUUAUAGAUGUUAGCUAUAAAAAAGGGAAGAGGGAAACCAGAGGGGUGGAGCUAGAGGGGAAAUGUUUGAUUUAUGAAUUUGUUGGUGUAAUUAACAUAAACAAAAACAGAUGUAAUGCAUUAGCAUAGUUAAUUGUGAUAUUUAAAGGUUUACAUUUUAAAGAUAAAUUACAGUUAAUUUUAAGUCCUGUGUGAAUCAUGUGACUAAAGACACAACAGAUGGGAGGUCCUAAAAUCUCUUUAGUUGCCAUUUUCAAGAAAACAACUCGAUAUCGGCUGAAAUUAAACUUUAUGAGCUGCUUUUAGUUUGACCUUAACACAUGAAAGAAAACAAGGAUGGCAUUUUUCUAACAAUUCAAUUAAGAUCAUUAAGCUCGAGUUGGAAAUCCCAUCAGAAACAACAAUCUGAAGAAUAUUUUUCUGAAACGGCUUUGUUGGGGUCAAAACGAAGCCGUUGCUGUAGAUGACUCCACACAGAAAGACAAUCAGUGGAGCUAAAGAUGCUAAUGCCUUUAAAGUCUAGAAAGAAACAAGCUGGUGUGAAACUACUGAAAUUAACUUCAUUGUAAUGUGAAAUAAACUUGCUUUUCUUAACCUA